AUGGUAGUCAAUAGCAUUCGUUGCAGAUCCAUGAUGAAGGUGGUUUGCGUGUUCCUUGCAAUGUUGCUAGUUAUUGCACUAGCAUCUGAGACAACUACGUUACGAAUCAUUGAAGCAUCACCAAUGUCAUCACCAACGCUGACGUUCACACGAAUGCUAUUCUCAGACAACAUUUCGUACGUGAAACGAGGGAAGAAAUCCAACCAGGUGACGCCAGAGGAGCAUCCCGGAACACAGCAAGUACUUGGAGGAACAACUUGGAAGUCGAUUGAAACUCCGCCUGUUCUUAACAUUUCGAAGGAUGACAAUGUUUCUCGAUCAAGCAUCGAACACGGACUAACUCAACUUCGGGAGAAGGAUAGAAUAGAAAGGGACAUGGCUGCCAAGAACAUGAGUGUCUCUCAUGACUCGCCUACUUUCAUACAUCAGACCCUCUUCAAGAGUUUCAGUCCGCAGUCCAUCACAGCACAUCACCAAAUGUCAUCACCAACGCUGACAUUCACACGAAUGCUAUUCUCAGACAACAUUUCGUACGUGAAAACGAGGGAAGAAAUCCAACCAGGUGAGCCAGAGGAGCAUCCCGGAACACAGCAAGUACUUGGAGGAACAACUUGGAAGUCGAUUGAAACUCCGCCUGUUCUUAACAUUUCGAAGGAUGACAAUGUUUCUCGAUCAAGCAUCGAACACGGACUAACUCAACUUCGGGAGAAGGAUAGAAUAGAAAGGGACAUGGCUGCCAAGAACAUGAGUGUCUCUCAUGACUCGCCUACUUUCAUACAUCAGACCCUCUUCAAGAGUUUCAGUCCGCAGUCCAUCACAGCAGCAAGAACAGGCUUCAUGAUAGACUGCGCUACUGAAUUCAUCAUGGAUCGUUUGCAGCUUAAUAAGACCGACAUAACUUUCGACAUCAUCGUCUCGGACCAACUGGCCCAAGAAGAGUUCUGCGAUCAGGACCAAGUUUCGUCCUCUUGCGAGGCCUUCAGCAAGUACAGGUCCUCCAACGGCACCUGUAAUAACUUGGCCAACCCACUGUGGGGAGCCACUUUCAGGCCCUUCCGCCGCGUUGCUCCGCCUGACUAUGGCAACGGAGUGUCGAGCCUCCGCCGUUCCCAGGACGGGCAGCCACUUCCCAGCGCCCGCCGAGUCAGCGCAGCGGUUAACAGCAUCCGGCCAAACGGGGAAUCUUUUCUCCUCUCUGUCCUUCACAUGACCUACGGGCAGUUCCUUGACCAUGACCUGACCUUCACGCCUUUGAAUAAAGGUAUGUAUGGAGAUGCCAUUCCAUGCUGCCCUGACGCCCUGGGAGACCCCACUUUACUCCACCCUGAGUGCGCCGCCAUUUCCAUCCCUGCAGACGACCCUUUCUACUCCAGGUUCAACCAGACGUGCAUGGAGUUCAUCCGCUCGGCUCCCGCGCCACGGUGCCUGUUUGGUCCACGAGAACAAAUGAAUGAGAAGACGGCAUAUAUCGACGGCUCUCAGGUCUACGGCAUCGAUGACGAGAUGAUGAAUUCACUGAGAACGAUGGACGACGGUCUGCUUAUUGCUCAGAUGACGAAUGAAGGCGAGGAGCUUCUCCCUGCAAACACGGACUUAACAAACGAGUGCAACAAGGCAGAACAAGCCAGCAUGAACCAGUUUUGCUUCCGGGCCGGGGACAGAAGAGUGAAUGAGCAAGUUCUCCUCGUUCUGUUCCACACCGUAUGGGCUCGUCACCACAACCAUCUAGCGUCUCGGCUGAAGAACAUCAAUCCUUCCUGGAAUGAUGAAGAGCUGUUCCAGGAGGCCCGCCGAAUCGUGGGCGCUCAGCUCCAACAUGUUACCUACAACGAGUACUUGCCGCCCAUCUUCGGUGAGAACAUCAUAAAAGACUCUAAGCUGAAACCCUUGAAGAACAAGAAACGAAAGAACUUUUACAUACCUGAUAAGAGCGCUGCCAUCAGUGCUGAAUUUGCAACUGCUGCCUUCCGUUUUGGACACAGUCAGAUUGCUGGUCAUAUGGAGAGAGUGGAUGACUUCGGCGACAUUUCCUCAACUGAGACGUCUUCGGUGUUUAUGAAUCCUUUCGUCGUGUACAUGAAAGGCGCCGUUCCACAGCUGACGCGAGGGGAGGUUCGACAGAGCGCGGGAGACGUUGACCCAUUCUUUACACCGCAAGUGGCCGGCAAACUUUUCAAAGGGAUGAACAUGUUUGGACUCGAUCUGAUGUCCCUCAACAUACAGCGUGGCCGUGACCAUGGCAUUGCCUCGUACACGGCACUCAGAGCCUCAUGCGACUUGUCUUCCAUUCAUGACUUUCCUGAUCUCUCGGGAAUCAUGGAUGAGGAUGUGAUUGAAAUUCUAGAGGAUGUAUAUAGUCAUGUGGAUGACAUUGACCUGUUCGUCGGUGGUUUGGCUGAGCACCCGGUAGAAGGAGGAGUAGUAGGUCCCACUUUCGCUUGUAUUCUGCUGGACCAGUUCCUUAGGCUGAAAGUAGGCGACAGAUAUUGGUACGAGACUAAUGACAAGGAUACAAGGUUUAAGAAAGAACAAGUCAAAGAAAUUCGCAAAACAACCUUGGCGGGGAUCAUGUGCGAAGUGAUUCCAGAACUGACGGAGAUUCAGGAGAGCUCUGAAAGUGGCAUCUCGAGAAUCCAGUGGUAUCUUGCUCUUCUUUCCAAGAAUUGGACCUCAGCCACUGGAAAGGAAUGA